GCAGCAGUGUGUUGUGUGUUUGGCAAUGUGAGUGGUUGAGUGCACGCUUCAUAAGAUUCAUAAAAUGUGGUUCCAAAUAACAACUUCACUUAACAGGAAAACAACAUUUUCCUUGAGAAUAAUAGUUUCAGAUGUUCACUUAAGAUAAUUUAAUAUACAAGAUGUCAAAACAGAAGAAAGUCCUAUUUGAUGACUCGGAAAAUGAAGAAGAUGGUGAGCUACACAUCAACAAAGCAUAUGCCAACAAAUACCAAGAAUGGAGACUUUCUGAGGAACUCCAAAAAUAUAAAGAUCGUUUUGGGGAUGAAGACUCAACAUCUGAGAGCUCCUCAGAUGAAGAUUUUGCUGAGGCAGACAACCCUGAAUUUGACCGAGAGUUCCUGCGAACAAUGGGAGCACUGCAUAAGAAAACUGACCACAAGCUUGAGGGUGUAAAGUUCUUCACAGGCAAUUACAGCAAGAAGAAAGAGAAAGAAAAGGAAGAGCAAGCCAUGACUGUCAAGGACUAUGAACGUUUAUUGAUAACAGAUCAUGGCGGAGAGCUGGAUGAAGAAGAGGAAGGUCCAAGAUCAAAGAAAGAUUUAGAAAAGCUUCCAAAGAACAAAAGAAUGAGUGGCUUUGAGGAUGGUUUGAGCAGUGGUGAAGAUGAUAGCGGUGAUGAACUAUUCACUUCGGGGCUUUUCAAAGUCAAGGAGUCUGACAAGUCAGCAAAGGAGGAAAAGACACAGCCUGAGAAGCAAGAGGAUACACUAGCCUUUAUUAGAGGAGAAUGUUCAUCACUCAGAAAUGAGGACGAUAGAGGGCUGCUGGAGAGUCUGAAAGAAGCUUGGAAUGAUCCCAAAAAGUCUACAGAUGAAAAGUGGCUGAUUGACUUCUUUGUGAAUGAAAGGUACAAUGAAGAAGAAGAUGAUUCAAAAUUACGUCCUUACAACGGUGUGGUGAUAGACGAAGAAUCAAUAUCAGAGGAUGAGAAAACACUGGAAGCCAUGGAAACAUUUGAAACAAAAUACCGAUUCAGAUUUGAAGAACCUGAUGAAGAGUUUAUCAAGAAGUACCCUCGCAUCAUCCAAGACUCCAUGCGAGCAAAAGAUGAACGCAGAAAACAGAAGCGCAUUGCCCUGAAAGAGCGUAAGCAGAAAGAAAAGGAAGUGAAACGGCAGGAGAUUGAAAGAUUAAAGGCUUUGAAGUAUAAGGAGAUUGAAGCCAAAAUUGACAAGAUUAAAGAAGCAUCAGGGAACCAGGAUAUAGAUUUAGGGGAAAAACUCUUUGAAGAAGACUUUGAUGAGGAGCAACAUGACCAAGUAAUGUCCGAAAUGUUUGGUGAAGACUAUUAUGCAGUUGAUGAUGGCAAUGAUGAGAAACCUGUGUUUGACAACGAUGAAGAUAUUGAUGUUAUUCAAGAUUAUGAUCACUGGUUAGAGAAGCAGGAUGCCAACAUAUAUGAUGGUGAAGAAACUGGGGACUGGGAAGAGGAGGACCAUGGUGCUUAUUCUAUGGGUGAUGGCCACAACAGGACUGAAGCUAGGUCUCUGCAACAAGAAAUGAUUGAGGCAUCUUCAAAAAAGAAGGGUAGGAGGAAGUCAAAGUUUGCAAAAGCCAUAAAGCAAAAGAAGCCUGUGUUUGAUCCCAGGGAAAAGGAUUUUGAGUCUUACUUUGAUGAAUAUUACCAACUGGACUUUGAAGAUAUCAUAAGUGGCAUGCCUUGUAGAUUCAAGUACCGGAAAGUGGAGCCUAACAACUUUGGACUUUCAACAGAAGAGAUUUUGUCAGCCCAGGAUAAGGAGCUGAAUAAGUGGAUUUCAUUAAAAAAGAUAUUGCGGUAUCAGAGAGACGAAAAGGAAGAAUCAAAAGACAAAAAAGUAUACCAUCACCGUUCAUCACAGCCUCACGUCAAGCAGAAGAUCCUUCCCAGCCUGUUUGUUGAAGAUCCAGUACAACACCAUGUCUCUGAAGAAGAGAAGAAACGAUUAAAAAAUCUCAAGAAAAAGUUGCGAAGACAACAGAAACUUUUGGGUACUAUGGGAGAAAAUCCAGACUCCACUCCAACAGUGAACCCUGUGAACUCUGAUUACAGACACAAUGAAUGUGAUGCUACCCCACAAUGUGAUGAUGGAGGACACUCCAAGAAAGCAAAGAAAAGGAAGUACAAAAAUUCUAUCCUAGAUGCUGAAGACAACUGCAUAUCUAUUGAUGAAGCUAUAAAGCAACCAAAAAAGAAGAAAAAGAAGCACACAGGAUAUGAAUCCCAAGAAGACAAAUCAAGUAUUGAAAUAAAUCCCUCAGGAUAUAAAGAGGAGCUUCAGCCCAGCAACACCAUUAAAGAGAAAGACAAAAGUGUGAUGGAGACCCAGAACAAAUUUAAUAAUUCUGGAGCCUCAGACACAACAGCAGCAAGGUCUCAGAAAAAGAAAAAGAAAAGAAACACAAAAUCUACUGUAGACAUGAUACAAGAAUCAAAAAAUAAGAAAAAAUUGGCAACUAGGGAUGAUUCCUUUUUCCUGGGUAUAAGUGACAAUAGAUUGGCAGCAUAUGGAGAAAACCCUAAGAAAAUAAAAAACAAAGUCAAGUAUAGGAAACAAGAAUUCUGAUAAAAUGCAUAAUGCAGUUUCAUUACAAAGUCGGACAAUGUUUAAAGAACAGGACAAAGCAGAUCCUCUCCACUGCCCUACAGUUUUGCUUACAAUAGGUAUGUGCAGUUAAUAUUACACAACUGCAAUUCCAUGUACAGAAAGCCAUUCUGCCUUAUUGGAGAAUGUUUUUGUAAAUGAAACUUGGACUGUUUUAAAUAUUGCUGUGAGCCAUGUAAGUGUAAUAAAGUUUUUAUCUAAAAAGAUACAUAUUUA